AUGGCACAUAUUGAGGUUGGGCACAUCUCUGCUGGCAGAGGCGCCUAUGUUCAAGUCGAGGACAUUCACAACCAUUCAUCUGACGGCCUGGGCAUCGAAGAUCGCUGCUUGCAGUCCCUAUCUAUCACGGACCCCAAACUCGACAAGCAACGAAUCGAAGCUUCGAAAGGGAGAUUGCUGGGGGAUCCGGGCAAUGGCAAGACCAUGUUGCUAUGCGGCAUCAUCGAUGAGCUGAAGAAAAACGCAGACAAUACAGUCUCCUACUUUCUCUGUCAGGCAACCGACACUCGUUUAAACAGCGCCACGGCUGUUCUACGAGGCUUGAUCCUUAUGCUUGUUCGCCGACAUAAGCGUGUCCUUCAUCACAUCACGGACCUGUACAGGGAAAAGGACGAACGCUUGUUCACAGACGCCAAUGCAAAUGAGGCCUUGAAAUGCAUCAUCACCAAAAUCUUGCACGACCUUGACACAACCAAUUUUUUCGUGAUCAUUGAUGCUCUCGACGAGUGCGUCACUGAUUUGCCGUUUCUGCUCGACGUCAUUCUUGACGCAGGCAAGUCAUCACGGGCGAAAUGGAUCAUAUCAAGUCGCAACUGGCCGGAUAUCGGAGGAACUUUGGCCGACACCAAACACCAACUACACCUUGAACUGAAUGAGGAUUUAACAUCUGCCGCUGUCGACAUAUACAUCCAGGAAAUGGUCACCGAUCUAGCUAAGCAGAAGAGUUACGACAGCGAGACACAACAUGUCGUUGAAACACAUCUAACCUCCAACGCCAAAGGAACCUUCCUCUGGGUAUCUCUCGUCUGCCAGCAACUCGCAGAGUUUGAUAAUGUGAUUAAUUGGAAUGCACAAGAAAUGCUACGCAAGUUCCCAACUGGCCUUGCCAAUCUGUAUAAGAGAAUGCUGGAUCAGAUUGACACAUACCCAAGUCCACAACAAUGCAAGCAGAUACUCGCCACUCUCUUGGUCGCGUACCGUCCUCUUGCCUUGGUAGAGCUUGGCUUCAUCCAAGGAAAGUACACUCCGGAGACUACCAAAGUGAUUGUCGAGCCCUGUGGCUCCUUUCUGUCUAUUCAAGAUGAUAUUGUCUACUUUGUGCAUCAGUCGGCAAAGGAUUAUCUUCUCGACCAGGCCGCCAACCAGAUAUUCAAGUCCAGCGUCAGAACAGAGCACCACGACAUGUUUUGUCGGUCACUAGAGUUCCUCUCGAUCUCGCUUAGACGCGAUAUAUACAAUCUGGGCGCACCGGGAGCCCUUAUUGACGAAAUUGAUCCGCCGACUCCUGACCCACUAGCCGCACUUCGGUAUUCAUGUGUAUACUGGGUUGACCAUUUCCUUGCUUCAACCUCUGACGCGAGUCAAGCCGAUGCAGAGGUAUCGCAGAAUUAUGACAGGGUCAAGGAAUUUCUUGAGAAAGAAUACCUCUAUUGGCUCGAGGCUCUUAGCCUUCUUCGAGCUUUUCCUGAAGGUCUGGCAGAAAUAAGUAAACUCGACGAGUUCAUCAGCCCAAUACCACAUAUCUCUAAAUCAUCUCCAUCGAGCCCUACCACGCCAAUAUCACUACCACGCCGCCCAAAAAAGGAGCUAGAACGCCUAGUUCGUGAUGCGCAAAUGUUUGCUUCAUACAACAGAGUGGAGAUAUCGGCGGCCCCCCCUCAAAUCUACGAUUCAGCCUUCUAUUCAGCCCGGUCCAGAGCGAGGUGCGCAAGCUCUUCGAGCAAAGAGAGUUAUCGGGGGAUAUUCGAUUGGGCCCCGACCUGGAUCUACACUGGAAUGAUCAUUUGCAGAAGCCAAAAGGUCAUACUGGCUCCAUCACCCCGCUAG